AGCUCUGAGGCGGUGGUCAGUAUUUGUCCCGUGUCUGAGAGCAGCAGCAGCGGUGUGUCAGAGGCAGGGACCGAGCAGCAGCCAUGGAUGACGUGUAUAAAGCAGCGGUUGAAAACUUAACGGAGGAGCAGAAAAAUGAGUUCAAGGCCGCGUUUGACAUCUUCAUCCAGGAUGCAGAGGACGGCUGCAUCAGCACCAAGGAGUUGGGGAAGGUGAUGAGGAUGCUGGGACAGAAUCCGACCCCUGAAGAGUUGCAGGAGAUGAUCGAUGAGGUGGAUGAGGACGGCAGCGGGACGGUAGAUUUCGACGAGUUCUUGGUUAUGAUGGUCCGCUGCAUGAAGGAGGAGAGCAAAGGGAAAUCAGAGGAGGAGCUGGCCGAACUGUUCCGCAUGUUUGACAAGAACGGAGACGGCUACAUAGACUUAGACGAGCUGAAGGGCAUGCUGGAGUCAACCGGAGAGUCCAUCACAGAAGACGACAUCGAGGAGCUGAUGAAGGACGGAGACAAAAACAACGAUGGAAAAAUUGACUAUGACGAGUUCCUGGAGUUCAUGAAAGGUGUUGAAUAAAGGAUUUGACUGGAGGCCAUUGACUUCAUCUUCUGCCAGCUUUUUAAUGAAUUCAAACAGAACAGCAGUCCUCAGCAGACCCCUGUCCUGUCAGUCAGUCCACAACUCCCCCCCCACCAUGCACUGAGAGGUUCACUGAGAGAUCUCAUUGACUGCUAAAAUCUUUAUUUCUGAUCAUGAUGAUCGACCAAA